AUGCACGACGCCGGGAGCCCGCAACAAGUCGCCCAAGGCCUUUGGACCGCGCUUGAGCACGAACGCUUCCUCAUGGCGCUGCGCUUGUACCCGGAAGGCCCGUGGAAGGACGUCGCCGACAUGAUUGGCACGCGCAACGCCAAGCAGGCGCAGGCGCACAUGCAAAAGUGCAAGGAGAAGCUCUACCGGCGGAUCCGCGAGCUCCAAUCCAAGCUCGAAAACGACGACGGGCACUCGAGCAGCGACAGCGACGGCGGGUACGCGUCGAGCCGCACGCAGCGCACCAAGCACGCCGACACGCUCGGUAUCCAAGUGCUGCACCCGAUCCCCAUGCGGCACACGGCGACCGGGCACGAGCUCUCAGUGGAAGAGUCGCUCGACUUUUUGAUCAACGAGAUGAAGAGCUACGUUGAAGGCGAGUAG